AAGCAGAAUCCACUGAAGAGUUGCUGAGGCAGAACUGAAAUUGUAGCUUGCCACAAAGAAACGACAGUACUGUCAGCUAAUUACUUCUAAUGCAAACAGGAUUUGUAUUCAACUUUGUUUUUCAUGCAAAAUUCCAAGCCUUUAAAAGACAGGGUGAGAUCCUGGGGUGUUUCUUGAGUUUCUCUGCAGUCCUUGCUGCUUUAGGUUUAGAAAUCUGAGGAAGGUACAGAAGGAUGGAAACUAAAGAUACUUGUAACUACCUGUAACUGCUGCAGUGGGAAAUGGGCCAAGUUUGCUCUCGACCAGAUGAAGAUGAAAAAGUACAUUCAAGUGAUUUCUACCAUGACCUCAACAAAUUGAUGAUGAAAAGAAGGAAAUUGUGGGAUUACUCCUUUCAGCUUCCCUGGACAAUGGAAGGAGAGCCAUUCACUUCUGCAUUGUUGCCAGCUGAGAAUAUUCCACCAGACUCUAGUAUGACCCUGGAACAGAAAACCACAUUUGUCUUUGUGAUUUUACUGUUUAUUUUUUUAGGAAUCCUCAUUGUCCGUUGCUUCCGAAUUCUCCUAGAUCCAUACAGGAGUAUGCCGACAUCUACCUGGGCUGACGGACUUGAUGGACUUGAGAAAGGCCAGUUUGAUUAUGCGUUGGCUUAGAGACUGAAAAAUCAGAAGCAUUACCCCCGCCCCGCCCCCCAGGUUUCCUCAGUUGCUAUAACUGCCUCACACAAGUGCACAAAAUAUUAAAUUGUACUUUUUACAAUAAAUUAAGUCAAACAUUUGAAGGUGGAUUUGCAAUCCUUCCAAUAGAAAAGAAGACAAAUCUAAAAUUUUCCUUGGCAAAACCCUCCUUCAAAAUGCAUUGUAACAAUAAAUAGUCUGAGCCAUAUCUUAAAAUGUAAAAUAAUACUUGUGAUUAGUUUUGCUGGAGAAAGCUUUAUUUUAUGAAAGAAGCUUUUACUAGAAAAUAGUCUGUAGAUAUACAGAGGAGAUGAGAGUGUGCUUUUAUGAUUUGUAUUUGAAAACUAAUUAUAAUUUUUCCAAGUCCUACUAAGCUGUUUUUCCACUUCACUUUCUCCAGGCAGCAGAAAGGUAAGGGAGUUGCUGUAAGUUUUAAAGCUUUAAGAUAUUUUGGGGUAUGGAGUAGGGAACUCUUGCAUGUCCUCUGAGAAAAUCAAAUGCCAGUUCUUACUCGGUAUGAAAACAGUCUUGAAUUUAUGUAGUACUAGCAAACUAGAGUUGGCAGAAGUGUUAAUUGUGAAUAAAUUCUUUGAUGAAUUUGGCACAUUUUUUGUCUUUGCAAACCAAAGCCAAGUUCUGCAAAUGGAUUGGUGAUUCCUCCAUUCUGGCAUUAGCCAAAUGAUUUAUACUAAAACAUUUCAGCUGAUUCGGUGCUCGUCAAUUGUUCAUGUUGCGUAUUUGUUUUGCCUUCCAUUGUGUGUCAGUCGUGUGCUGUUUUUUCAUGCUGAUUUGGAUAACUGACAUAUCUGAGGAUGAAAAGAGCAAAUGAAAGUGAAUUAACUAUUCUGUUCAUGGUCAAAGAAAAGCCAUUUCUGUAUGCUAAAAACCUGUUUACAUGAUUGAUCAAAAGAUUGAGUUUUAAGAGAUUGCAUAAAAUUGACUGGAGUGGUUGCUUAAAAUUCAAAUGGAUAAUGGAUGAUCACAAGCAUUGCUUAGCCAUAGAGAGCCACUGUAUUAGGAGUGCCAUUGUAUGUGCUUUGAACUGCUAAGUGUGUAAAGGCCAGUCUGCUCAGAUGUAAACUCAUGAGAAGCUUGUAAAGCAUUUUAGUGCAGUGCAGUUUGAAUAUUUCUUUAUGCGAGAGGGAAGGAGGUGCCUCUUUCGGUGUGCGUGAGCAGCCUGUGCCUUAAAUUAAGCUACAUCAAAUGUAAGAACUUUGGGAUUAUCGAUAGCUGCAAACCCUCUGUGCUGUGUUUGGUUUACUGUCCUCACAGGGAACAUUCAACACCAGUUCCUCAGUUGGCAGAAAUGCUGACUUGUGCCAGCUGAAGAUCUGGCCUUUAUGCUCUUCUGCAUAAAAAAAAAGACACUCAGAUAAAGAAGCAAACCCAAUCUUCUGGCUUGCUUCCUAGGUAGCUGGGUAGCAGUGCCACUGCAAGAUAGAAAAAUAUUCUCAGUGUUGCUGAGCCAGCCCAGCCCCUAGCAAUGUGCUGCCAGUAUUUAGUAAGAGGUUCCAACAUCGUUCCUCCCUUUGGCCUGCAAUAAAUUCCAGGUAUAUUUAGAAAAGGGAAGGGUGUGAGAGUGAAGAAUCUGUUCAUUUCUUUUCCUUUAAACAACAAACAUAUAAAUAAGAGCUUUCUCCCCAUUGCAACAAAAAGGAGGCAAUAUUCCUGGGCAAACACAAAUAUAGCAUAGGUUUCCAGUUGGGUCAUUGGGAAUUCUUGCAAGUGGGACUUGGAGUUUGGGAAAUAUCUGACACUUGGUGCCUCCUGAUCCAUUCUGAAGAGAGAAAGAUGUUCUUCUGGUGCACUUUAAUGAACCACAGAGAUAAGUUAUCCCAGUAGGGUAAUUUAGCCAUAUUGUCAAAGCUUAACAGUCAUCUCCUGAUAACACUUUGGCAGCACAUCAUUUUGGGUAAAUCAUUUUUUCCUCUAUACAGAACAGGCCAUUGAAAGAGCAGAAUAGUAUUUCAUUCCAGGUAGGAAAAAAUGGGAACAAGUUCACGUCUCAUAAGAAUACAGAAUUGCUGACUGGUUAAGUGGAAAUAUUAAGUGGAAAUGGAAAGUCUGAGGGUCAAAGCGGCUCUAUAUGACUCUGCUAUAUAGGCUAGGCCCAAUGUGCUAGUUUAUCCAACUGUUCCUUGGAGACUAUCACAGACAUAUGGAGAAGAAAUGCACUAAAAUGUUAAUAUUCCAUAUAAAAUCAUAUAUUUACUCCACUUACUGUGGAGAAUAAGA